AUGGCCAUGGCAAACAACAAAACACAAUGUUUUAAAUGCAAUAAAGAAAAAAUAACUUAUCCUUGUGAAGGAUGUUCACAAAGAUUUUGUUUUACGGAUUUAACAGAACAUAAACAAAUACUAAAUGAAGAACUAAAUCACAUUAUUAAUAAUUAUGAUGAAUUUAAACAAAGAAUUAAUGAACAAAAACAAAAUCCACAAAAUCAUUUAUUAAUAAAACAAAUUAAUCAAUGGGAAAGAAGUUCAAUUGGAAAGAUUCAACAAAAAGCACAGGAAUGUAGAAAACUUGUCAUUGAAUCUUCACAAGUAUUUAUUAAUGAGAUUGAAAUCAAAUUUAAUUAUUUGUCUGAACAAAUAAAACAAAUUCACAAAGAAAACGAGUUUAAUGAAAUUAAUCUAAGUUAUUUAACAAAUCAGUUAAAAACAAUUACAGAAGAAUUGAAUGAUCCAACAAAGAUUUCUAUUGAACAAAACUCGCAAUCAUUUAUUAAUGAAAUUUCAAUUAUUUCAUCAAUAAAACAAAAAUGGGGCAAAUGGAAACAAAACGCCAUGACUGUGGCUGCUGGUAAUGAACAAGGAGAAGGAUUAAAUCAACUCAAGUUCCCUUUUGGAAUCUUCAUUGAUAAAAAGAAAAAUAUAUUCAUUGCUGAUUGUUGGAAUCAUCGCAUUGUUAAAUGGAAACAUAAUGCAAAGAAAGGACAUAUCAUUGCAGGUGGAAAUGGUCAAGGAAAUCGAAUGGAUCAAUUGAAUGAGCCAACAGAUGUGAUUGUUGAUCAGCAAGAUCAUUCGAUCAUCAUUGCUGAUCGUGGGAACAGACGAGUGAUUCGAUGGGCGCAUCGAAAUCAACAAAUUCUCAUUCACAAUACUGACUGUUCCCGCUUAACAAUGGAUAAACAUGGGUUUCUUUAUGUUUCCGAUACUGCGAAGAAUGCAGUGAGACGAUGGAAAAUGGGAGAAUAUAAUAAUGAAGGAAUUGUGGUAGCAGGUGGAAAUGGAAAAGGAGAUAAACUCAAUCAACUGAAUUCUCCUAAUUUUAUUUUUGUGGAUGAAAAUCAAUCUGUUUAUGUAUCAGAUAACGAGAAUCAUCGUGUAAUGAAAUGGAAAAAAGAUGCAAAAGAAGGAACAAUUGUAGCUGGAGGAAAUGGUCAAGGAAGAAAUCUCAACCAAUUGUCUUCACCUCAAGGAGUAAUUGUUGAUGAUUUGGGUCAAAUCUAUGUGGCAGAUUGUUACAAUCAUCGAAUAAUGCGUUGGUAUGAAGGAAACGAAGAAGGUGAAAUUGUUGUAGGUGGAAAAGAUGCAGGAAAUAAAUCAAAUCAAUUUAAUCAUCCUAGUGGUUUAUCUUUUGAUGAUGAAGGAAAUCUUUAUGUUGCUGAUUUUUUUAAUCAUCGAAUUGAAAAAUUUGAAAUAAUUUUGAGAAUGGAAUUUUGA